AUGAUUAAAAAAGAAAUAAAAACCAUAAAAUCAGUCACAGAAAACUUUUCGAAACAAUUUGAACAAAUGAAGAAUGAAAUUGAAAACUUUAAAUCCAACAACAACAAAACUCAAGACAAAAUUAAUAUAAUAGAAAAGGAAAUAUCUCAUAUUAAAGGUCAACAAAACACAGAUGAAAGUUCAACAACUAAAUCGCCACUCUUAUGUAAUGAGAAUUUUAUACUUGAGCUCAAAGACCGAUGUGACCGUGAGAAAAACAUAAUUAUCGUGGGUAUAUCGGAAAUAAACGACAAAAACUCCAACACAAGACGGAGCUACGAUAAAGAAGUUAUGAAAUUAAUGAGGUCAUUGUAUGACGACUGUCCAACACCAAUUAAAACUAUUAGACUAGGAAAAUAUGUACCUAACAAGAACCGGCCGACAAAAUGUUACUUUAAUACUACGGACACCACAAGACACCUUUUACGGAAUAAGAAAAAAAUGCCUGAGAAUAUGCAUAUUUACGUAGAUCAGACCCCAACACAAAUUAAGUAUUUACAACAAGAAAAGGAAGAGUUAAACACACGUUUAGAAAAAGGUGAAAAAGAUCUUGUUAUCAAAUAUAUAAAAGGAUUGCCCACAAUCAUUGUAAACAAAAGAAACCAAAAAAACCUAUAA